AAAAAAUAAACAUCCAAACUAAGUAAUAAAAUAAAAUAAUAUAAAAUAAUAGCAGCUGGAUCGAAGCGGCUACCCACAACUACAAGAGCAUCGCAAAUCCCUCUCUUUCUUUCACGAUCUCUCGCCAUAUAAUCACCAGACGCCCAAGGUGUGAGAACAGGGCCCACCUAAUGGAACCCCCGCCUCCUGCUCCGCCAGCUGCAUCACCUAUCCCGGUUACCACGUCCGUCGCCGUUUCUGUCGCGGCCACCUACGCAGACUCUUUCGAUUCCUCUCCUCGUUCGCGGAACACAGAUUCAUGGGACGACGCCGCGCCGCCGCCCACUCUCCACUCGAAGCUCCGGCUCAUCAGCAGCUACGGGGGUACAAUCGUGCCUCGUCCCCACGACAAGGUGCUGUGCUACGUGGGCGGUGAGACCCGCAUGGUUGUGGUGGACCGUCACACUUCUCUCGUUUCUCUCCAACACCGGCUAUCCGUCUCUCUCCUCCACGGCCAGCCUUUUACUCUCAAAUACCAGCUGCCGUCGGAGGAGCUCGAUUCUCUCAUCUCUGUUACGACCGACGAGGACCUGGAGAAUAUGAUCGAUGAGUAUGACCGGACCUGCUCUGCCACUACCACCACUAGCAAAUCCUCCCGCAUCCGCCUCUUUCUGUUUCCCGUCAAUUCCGAGGGGGCACCGCCGUCCUCCCAUUCGAUUGGCCCGAUCAUCAAUAAUUCCUCCAAGUCUGACGAGUGGUUCCUCGACGCGUUGAAUGGAGCGGGGUUGCUCAACAGAGGGUUCUCUGAUUCUGUGACUGUGAAUUGCUUGCUGGGUUUAGACGAUAACCGGCAGGGGAGUGUUGAGUCGGGUGCAAGAGAUGUGGAGGGGAAUGGUAGUCAGAAGAAUAUGAAUUUCAAGCAGCAGGGGAAUCAGGAUGUGCACUCCGUACCCGAUUCUCCCAUGCUGGAAACUACCUCCUCUUUUGGCUCUGCUUCGUCCUCGCCUUCCCUGGCCAAUUUGCCGCCGAUUCGAGUCCGGGAGGAUGAUGGCAGUGUGGGUGAGAGGUUGAGGUUGCAACAUGAUCAAAAGGUGGUGGGGAUUGAGGAGCAAUUUGCUCAGAUUACCGUGAAUAGUGGUGGGCACAAGCAGCUAGAUGAGGGUUUUGUUGUUUUGUCAUCGCCGCCCCCGAUGCCUACAACUCUAGUUAUGUCUGGUGGUCUGCCUUUGAAUUCCGUGGGGGUUUCUCAGGAGUAUCAGAAUCGGGUUUUCUCCGAGGAUGAAAGAUCCGAUCAUGGGGCUCCUGUAGGGUACAGAAGGCCACGGGCUCCACAGUCACAGGCUCAGGUUUUACCUUUGCAGAAUCAACAGAAGUCAAGUGGCGGUCUUGAUUUGGCUUCCCCAGAUUCAGUCUCAAGUGAGAGUGGUAUUACCAAUCCAUUGUCUCGGCCAAAACCCGUACUUUAUCAAGACUCAGUUGUUCAAAUCCCCUCUGGAGCCAGCAGGGUUCCUGCUAACCCAGUUGAACCAAAGGUUAACAUCUCUGAUCCGAACACAAACACCCGCAUCCAGAUACAGCAACAGGUUCAGGAUUCUGGUUAUGUCUUGCAACCACACCAAUUUGAGCAGCAACAACCACAACAACCACAGCAACCACAGCAGCAAUUCCUACAUGCUGGUACACAUUACAUUCACCAUCACCCCUCAGGGGCAGUGCCAAUCUCGGCUUACUAUCCCGUUUACCCUCCUUCUCAACAGCAACCUCACCAUCACCAGCACCCUCAGAUUGAUCAGCAGUAUCCAGUGUACUAUGUACCUGCGGGGCAACCCCAAGCUUAUAACUUUCCUAUGCAGCAAUCUGGUAUGAGUGAAGCUCCUACUACAAUCCGAUCUAGCCACCCUCAGACUCCUCCAAAUCCUUCAAUGGCUCCUCCAGCAGCUUACAACCCUGUGAGAAGUGCUCCAAUUGCUAAGCCUGAAAUUGCAGCCGCUGCAGGAGUGUACAGAACAACAAAUGCUGGUGCUCCGCAACUGGUUCAAGUGUCAGCCAGUCAGCAUCAGCAACAAUAUGUUGGUUACUCCCAGAUUCAUCAUCCAUCACAGUCCGUUGCUCCUACCUCAACCACAACUGCUGCUUAUGCAUAUGAGUAUGCAGAUCCUGCUCAUGCCCAUGCGCAGAUAUACUAUACUCAGCCUCUGGCUCCAACGAUGCCUUCUCAGUAUCAAACAAUGACUGCAGCUGCAGGAGUGGUGUUGCCAGAAACUUCUUCUCCAAUUACAACUGACAACAUCAAGCAGCAAAUCAGAACUUCACAACCAAUAUAAAUUGGUCAAUUAGGAAUGAACAACAAUUUUGGCUUGGGGCAACGGUUUGGUUUACAUUUUCAAAUUUUCUGUUUUAGUAUCUUGGUAUAAAUUAUAAGUAUUGGUUUGUGGUAUGUACUUGUGAUUAGAUAAUAAGGAACUCAGUGGUCUUUUAGUCUUCCUUAUAUGUCAUCUUGUUCUUGUUGCCGUAGGAGAUGGAAAAUGAUCAGGAGAUAAUACUGCAAAAGUUUGAACUCAAAUGUCUGGCGGGGAGUCUGCAGUUAGUGUCAGUUUCUGAAUAAUGGUUAUACACAGAGCAAAGAUUUUGAGUUAAUGGUUUGGUAAUCUGUUAUUAGUUCAUGAUUUGUGUGGUAUUCAGUAUGCAGACAACCAGUUUCUUCAGGGGAAAAAACUUGAGGGGAGUAUGCAAAUUUUAAUGAUGCAAAAAAAAUCGACGUCAAUGGACUCUUGAAUUCACUUCUGAAUGCAAUGGCCUUAAAAACAUUAUUUUUGUUUGAAAUAAUGAGAUCCCUUGAAU